AUGAAGGUUCCGAUUCACGACGACGGCGCCGGCGGUUUUCGCACGAAAUGGGAGGAGAUGACGACUUGCAAAUGGGUACGGUAGGCACGAGUGAGCCCAACCCGACCACAAUUCGCAGAUUAUCAUCGGUGGCGGCUUUUUCUGGGCCAUCUUCACUCUUCUCCUCGGAUUUUACAACUAUUGCGCCAUUCAGAAGCCUUCGCCGGCCAUUUCGUUCGAAGAAGCGCUUUGUGCGGUGCGUUUAACGGAAAAAAACAUUUCUUUCUCAAACUUUUACCUGUUUUUGCCCUUCUAAAAGCCAAAUUUGCCCAUAUUCAAUUCAAAAACAAGAUGUUUCCCUUCAAAAUUGAAAUUCCACGAGAAGGUCAAGUCUGCAAGUCCAACGGUGUUUGCAGAUUUUCAUUUACCGUAACCUGAAAAUGUUUUUUUUUCACAUGUGUGUUUGCUGAAAAACCGUAAAGUUUAGCCGUUUUGCAGAUGAAGAAUUACAAAAAAGUUGAUAAAAUUGCAGGAAGAAGAAGCGUUGAUGUCGACGAGAUCGCAAAAUUCGCACAGAUCGGCCAAGUAGUCGACGAGAAGCGCCAAAAAUUGAAUUUUUUUGAGAAUGCGCUAAUAAAGAAAGGUAGAUCAAAUGUUGUGUUCUUUUAUUCAAAAAAAAAUAUAUCGGCAUUGUUCUUCGAUUCUUCCGCCUUUCCGAUGAUUCACUCAAAAUUUGCAUAAUCCGAUUGAGAAAUGUUUUUUCGGCGAACAAAAACCACAUAAAAAUGACGCAUUUUUAAGGUAAAAAAUGCGAAAAUUUUCUUUCCUCAUUACCAGUUCCCUCAAAAAAGUAAACUCUCACUGAUUCUCAAUCUUUUACGCAAAACAUAAUCCGAGAUUAUCGCUAAUUUUUCGACACCAGAACACACAACGUUUUUUUUGGAUAUUUUUGAUCUUCGGCCUAUUUCUUUAAAUUGUUUAGGCAGAUUCAGGUGUCAAAUCCUCUUUAUUUCAAUUGUUAUCCAAAAGAAAUUCAUAUUUCGUUGUUUGAGUCCUAAACGGUCACAAAUUGUACAUUGUGUCCGGCGAUUUAUAGAUUUACGUUUACAAAACUUUUUUUUGUAAACAAAAGUAUUAUCUGUUCAUCUAAACCAAAUCUCUUCAGUUUGAUCGUGAACUUUCGGUGAUUUUUUGAUUUUUUCUGCAAAGGAUUACUGUACUCUGCAAAUUGCCGUUGGAUCGAAUGCUUUGUGUGCAGUCACGUGCGUUUCAGUGCCAAAAAUACGUUUUUCAACGCGAAAAAGUGGCGCUGAACAAAAAACAAGCACUUUUCGGGUUUGGCCUUUUGAGCCGCCCAUGUGUUCGUCAUUUUUGCCAUUCCAUUGUAAAGUUUUGAGCUGAUAAGAUAUUAUUUAUAGAAAUUUUUAUGGCACCAACAUAAGGAGAGAAAUGACCUUUCUAGUAAUUCUUGAGGCCAAAAAUUGUGCGUUUUUUCAUUUUCCCAUCAAAAACUGGAAUUUCAGGCCAAUGUUAUUGUUCUUGAAAACAGAAAGCAAUGUUUGCCGUUGUGAUUGCAAAUGUACCAUGCUUUUGGCCUACUCUGACACAAAAACAACAAAAAAUCGCAAAUUUCUCCGAUUUUUCUGCGCUUCGGCUACAACAUUGUCACUUUUAUUCGUCGAAUCACCGCCGUGACGGCUAAUCGAUUUUCCCGGUCACAUUUCCAUUUUUUCUUCGUUCAUUCUCUUUGCAAGUGUCAUUUCGCUGCUUUUCCUGAGAUUUCCGUCCAUUUUCCGCCCGACUAAACCGGUUUUUCCUCAUCCAUUCCAUUCCAUUCCAUUUUCUGCCCGCAAUUUCGUCUCUGAUUGUCUCGCGCCAAAAAGCGGGGCGUGGCCUGUUUUGAUCAUAUUCGGCCGAUGUGCGGUAUUUAAAAUGAAACUGAACUUCUCACUUUUUGCCAUUCUUUGCAGUGAACUUUGGUAAUCCGCACCGGUUUUCUAUUCGGUUUUAUCCCUCCGAACAGUUGAACCGCACACUUUUUGUAGUUUGUGAUCGAAAUCGUUGCACUGCGCUGGAAACAAACCACGGAAAACACAAGAAUCGGAGGUUCUCUCGAUAAACGACCCUAUUCCAGUUGGCAAAUCCAAACAAAUCCACUUUUAUUUCCUUUCUCUCCACACAUGCCUAUCAACCGGUUUUUCACACCUUUUCCCACUGAAAAACACGAGUUUUUCACACGGAAGCUCACUUUUUAUCAUUCUCUCACAAAUUCGAUCGUUUUAAGACCAAAAAAGUGAACUCAAAACAUUUCGUUUCGACACCGAAGAACACAACAAACAAGAUCUUGUGAUUUAUCACUUUUUCCUUCAUCUUCGUGCCCAUCUGACCUAUUUUUUAUUCUGAAUUUCAGUGCGAAAUGACGCUGGCAAGUGUGGAAAUGCGUCCGCCGUCCUCGAAUUCUUCGAGCGCCUCCUCGUCUGCCGAUUCUCGGCCCGCCGAGAAGAACAUUUCGAUGAUCGAAUUCAAGGAUUCGAGUAUCCCAUCCACCGCGUCGGCUAGUGGUUCGUUUUAAGACCAAAACGGGUAUUGGCAAAUGUCAGACUUGUGAUGGUUCAGCGUACUUACCUUACAGACUUUUUGGAUUUGAUUUGAAGUACCUACUUCGAUCGGUCUGAAAUUUGGACCCUAGGUACUUUUAUGCAAAGCCAGGAAGCCUGUACAGUUUGCAACCUUCCAAAUAGAGUCGAAUGCUCAAAGGUUCAACAAUUAUUCCUACAGAAAGCGGUUCACAAGAGGAUGUGGAGCAGACGGACUGGAGUGCAGUCCUCAUGGCCGCCCUCGUCACGUUCAUCGCCGCCAUCGAGAAUACGGUAGUCGGGAUGAGCGAGUGGCCCUACAUGAAUCAGGUACGUUCGGACUGUCUCUGUUUCGAGUGUCAGCCUCAGGCAGAGCUGAUUCUUUCAUACUCGUGUCCUCAGCGUUAACCGCCAAGCAGAGUUGAGCCGUUCUAUGAACAUCUUGCUUUCUUUGCUUUUCUCGUCAGGAAAUUGACGUUGAUGCAAAACAUUUCCCGUACUUGCGCUAAGCUCCGCCCUUUUUGUGCUAAUUUCGCUGUUUUCGACAAAAACGAAUGAAUUGCACUUGAAGUCGGCGGUUAGUUACGGUUGACAACACGAUGUCUCAUGACAGGGCCUAAAAUAACAACUGGAAUAUGAGGUCGGCACUUUGAAGUGAAACUGGAUUCGUUUGGGAGUGACUAUGCCACAUUUUGGUUGAUAAUCUAUCCAAUGUUUUGGAAAGAUUAUGCGAUGAACGUAGAAGUGCUAAAAAAAGAAUACAGUUUGUUGCAGAUCGACAAAGAAGCGGACGCGCAGUUCUUCGGCAACGCGACGGCCGCGUCGAAGCUCUUCCACGCCGUCUCGGCGCUCUUCUUCGCGGUGUGGUGCCAGCGGAAACAGUCGUUCCGCUGGCCCCUGAUCACCGGAAGGGCCGUUGCGUUCGGCGCGUGCUGCCUCUAUUUGUGCGUCGAAAUGUUCGAUCACGGAAGGAGAUAUGUGAUGGCCGUCUGCUACAUCCUUUUCGGAAUUGCGGCCAGUGAGUUUUAGCGCUUGGAUGUUAGGGCAACUUAAGUGAUAGUACCCCAGAAAGUGGUCUACAAAAAUACAGUACUAGACCCCGAAGAUUGUACAAAAGAGGCUACAAUACUCAUUCUCAGGCAGCUCGACGAUUCUGCGUGCCUACGUGGCCGCGCUUUCCGUGUCCAAAGAUCGUCCGCAGGCCUAUUCGGCCCUCCAGGCCGCCACAAUGAUCUCCAUUAUUGUCGGACCGGGUAAGCCGUGGAAAAGUAACAUUGCUUCUUUUAUAAAAAAGGUCUCCAGUGAUCCAGGCGGCGUUCUCCGCGAUCGUCUACCCGGGAUACGCGCUGUUCCUGCUGCCCAAAAUCAAGUUCCACAUUUAUUCGGCGCCGAUUUGGGUGGCCGCACUCACCAACUUCGUCUCCGUCGCCAUCAUUUGGUUCCUGCUCAAAGAGCUGCCCAAGCGAGCCAGGAACACAAUGAGUACGUAAGCCAAAUAACGAAAAAAGUGAAAGCUAGUUGAAGUUUGCAUUCGUCGUUUUGACAUCAAUUUGAACUGAAAAUUGAGUUUACCGUUUUGAAAACAGGUUCUGGCUGAAAUGUUUCGAUGUUUUCUGCCCUAAAAUCCUUUUUCCAUUCCAGAACACAAUCAAUCAAUGUUCACGAUCGCCGGAAUGACGGCCCGCAUCGAGCGCGUCUCGGCGAUGAACCUCAACUGGCCGGUGGUGCUCCUUUGCUGGCUGCAGAAGAUGCUGGCGACGCUCUCGAUAGUCACCCUCACCACACUCACCUCCAUCAUCUUCCUCACCAACUACGGAUGGGGCCGCGAGCGCACCGUCCUCACCAUGUCCGUCACGAUGGGCGCCGUCGGGGUGUUCGCCGUCGCCAUCGCCGCACUCUACUUCUUCUGCAAACUCGGCGAUUUGUAAGUUGUGCAGCAUAUUGUUCUUAUUUUCGCAAAUGCGCUCCGAACGAGACCUGCCGUCGCGAGCUUUCGCCGUUCAUAAUAUAAUAAUAAGUUUAUGCUCACAGCCUGCAACAACGCUGGGCGUUCCUCAUCGGAUUGGUGAUCUUCCUGUCGAUGUACCUGCUGGCGUUCCCGUGGAGAUUCGUGAGUCGGCCGGUGGCCGCGUACGACGUGGCGGCAGACCUCGGCUGCAACUCGACCGUCUACUCGUGGUGCGACACCUCCUUCGCCCCCGCGCCCCUCGUUUUGCUCACCGUCAUCGCGCUCGUCAUGGGCAUCGGAAUUCCGCUGUCGAUGAUCGCGUUGGACGCCAUUUACUCAAAGUGCUUGGGUCCGAUUAACCAGGUUCGCGUUUUGCUGCAAGUUAUUUAGCAGAAACAAGUGAAAAUUAAGAAUAUGCAUUGUUUGUCCUUGAAAAUCUGCGAAAAUUUUAGGCCACAUUGUUCUGUAACGUAGUUUUUUGUUUGCAGAGUGUGAUGCAAGGAGCCAUGAUUGUCGCCGAAGACGUCAUUCUUAUACUCGGACCGAUUUACUCUUCGUAUGUCAUUUUUUUCAAAUUUUUUGCCAGAAAUCAAGAAUAACCGAUUGAAAAUGGCAAAAAACGAACUAUUCCCAUUUUUGCAGCGGAGUAUACAAACAUUUCGGCUUCGAGACGUUGUGGACGUGCAACGGAGUGAUUGUGUUCGUCGGAACGCUCCUCUGGCUCUUCAACUUCCCAAAACUCGAGCCUUUUUCGUAA